AGUGGUUAAAGAAAAGAAAAAAAGAGCUCCAAUAUUAACUGACAGAGAACUUGGUCAUAUACAUACUUGCUGGCGGCUAAGAUCAUGAAGAGGUUAGGAACGUAAAUAAACACAAAUCGAGGGGCAUUUUAAACUCAAUCAAGAUAAAGCUAAGGACACACUCGUAAAUACAAAAAAGAAAGCGACAGAUGCGAUCACGUGAGAUGCAUUUAUAACCCUCCGAUGAAAAUCCACGUGGCACUCCGAUCUAAAUAUCUCGACCAUAUCGGGUCCCACACUUCCAAUCCUCGACCUUAUCCACCUUACGUAGACCUAAUAUCCAGUCGCCACGUCACACACAAUCAACGUCUCAGAUGUACCCGAUCGCCUUUAAAUCAUCGCUUCCUUCAUGAAUCGAAGAACCUCUACAACAACAGAUUUUAAAAAACCCCAAAAACUUUACAUUCUUAACAAUUUCAACCCUAUGGGCUUACUUGAUCAUCUCUGGGAUGAUACUGUCGCUGGUCCACGGCCAGAGAACGGCCUUGGCAAGCUUCGUAAACACCAUACCUUCAGUUUCCGACCUAGCUCCGGCAAUGAUCAAUCGGAAGCUGGAAGUGCGAGAUCGUACGGUGAGGAUUCGCUACCGGAAGAAGCAGUGAAAGUUACACGUAGUAUCAUGAUAAUUAAACCACCGGGUUACCAAGGCAGUUCAGCUCCAGCUUCGCCUGCCGGUUCAACUCCGCCGCUAUCACCUUUCUCUCCGCCGCUGUCUCCGUUCUCUGGUGAGUUUUUAUUUUUCAUUAGUUGGUGUAGGUGAAACAGUACACUCACUUAAUUCGUUGAAGGAUAUUUUCGUCAAUUCUUUAAAGGAUUGUUUUUGACAUUUCAUGUUAUACGUCAAUUUGGUGUAUAGUGGAUUAGAUUAGGUCUAGUAGUGUUUAUGCACAGUGCACUUACAUAGUUUUGUCGAGAAAAUAAACUAAGUUUUGUCCCAUAGUGUGACCAUUAUGAUUUGAUUAUAUGUGACAUUAUUGAUUAUAUUGGUUGAAUUAGGUCAUUAGGUGUGUUGUCUAAUCAAAUGUUAUACGUACCUAAGAUCAUGAUAAGAUUUGACUAGUAUGUGGAUGGUAACAUUUCAUUGAAGUCUUAUAGAUUUUAAUUAUAUGGUUGAAGAGUCAAAUUUAUGCGAAUGAAUGAUGCUUUACUAACGAAAAGGGAUCAUUUUGGGAUGUGAACGGAGCAAACGCAGGGGGAAAGGAACCCUUUCGGUUUAGGAGACGGUCGACGUCGGAUGCGUUCGAGAAGGCAGCAGGAGGAUCAGAGACUGGACCAAGGAGCUCUCCUCCUACUUACGGCAUGUGAUCUCUAACACACAACACAAGUCUUGAAAAAGAGAAGAGAAGAAGAAAACAGAGUACCCACCCUUAAACGAUGUCGUUUAGACUGCAUGAAGUGGUGGUUUUUUUGCUUUUGUAGGCCAAAGAGGUGUUCAGUGUUCUCUUAUGUAUGCGUGUAUGAGUUUGUUUGUGUGUUUGUUUUUUAUAUGUAAUCUCGUUUUUUUCGGUAAUGCUUUUAUGCGUUUUGUAAAUUUUUGCUGCAAUGAAAAUAAAAACUUGUAGAUACUUAACUUCAGUUUUGUUUUCUUAUGUCAAUUUAGCUCAUCAUUCAUAUCCAAGUAGAGAAGCAGGGCACUCAAAACACUAAACUUUGCUUUUUGGCAAUCAAAGUCUUUCAAUAGGCCAUGCGAAAACGACUCUUUGAACUUUUCCUACACUGAAAAUUAAGGAAAGGGAAAAAGAAAGGAGAUGGACAAAUGGAUAAGAGUUCAACUUGUAAGGCAUAUGGUGUUUAAUUAUGAAAAUCUGUUAAUAAAACAUAGCCAUCACUAUUA